AUGACUUCAACCUCGAGUCUGCCGCGUACAGCGGCUGAUCACGCAUUUGUGACACUCAUUACAUCAGACUCGUAUCUCCCAGGAGCAUUGGCUCAGUCCGCUGCUCUGAAUGACCUCCAUCCUACUCGACGAGGCGGCCAGUUCCCGUCGGGAGUCGGCCUAGAAGAAGAGACAGACCCGGUUCCCUUUACUACCGUUUGUCUGGUGACUCCCGAGACUGUUGCAGUCGAAACGAUUAAGCAAUUGCGUCGAACAUUCGACCUUGUUAUUGGUCGACCUGACCUCCACCAGACGUUCACCAAGCUUCAUAUUUUGCGGCUCGCUCAAUUCGCUUCGCUUGUGUUUCUAGAUGCCGACGUUCUCCCUCUGCGACCUAUGUCCCACUUGCUUAACAUGGUUUCGUCUUGGCCAGAUGAAUAUUUUGAAGGCGAUAGCGGAGACAAGACGCCGACGGCGACGAACCCGGGAGAUAUUGUAACCCUCAAUGCAUCGACAGUAACCAAACGUAAUCCCCAUAGGCUUCAAAAUCCUGCUUACCCAUGCCCCAUUAGUGCGGCGCCAGACAGCGGAUGGCCCGAUAUCUUCAACUCGGGCGUGAUCGUUCUGGCACCCCCAGGAGAGCGUGGUUUCAAGCAGGCAAUGAAUCAAAGGAGUUGGGAUGGUGGUGAUCAAGGAACCCUCAACGAGUGGGCUGGAAAUCAAGCAGGACUUUCAGUUGGCCAAGGAUCUGGGGGUCCUGGUUGGAAUCGAUUGAGUUUCAAAUAUAAUGUUACUCCAACUGCGGCGUAUACAUAUGCCCCGGCGUAUGCAAAGUUUGGAUCGGGCAUACAUGCAGUCCACUUCAUCGGAGGCGCCAAGCCUUGGAGGGCAACUUAUGAAAUUGGUGCCUACAGCCUCACGGCCAAGGGCUCAACCCCUCAAUGGAGAGAAUCGGCCUAUUCCUAUUAUCUUUUGAUAGAUCGUUGGUACGCAGUAUACGAUGCGCACUUCCGUUCAACGGGUACGGAUGGUCCCAAAAGUGAAUUUGAAGUACAAAAAUAUGAAAGCGCAUGGGAAGGAGGUAAGGGGGCCCCGGAGUUUACCGCAUAUGAUGGUGGUGUCGAUUCGGGCGCUACCAAACCACCGACUGAUCAACCGAACCAGUACCCACAUGUCAUCCCGCCGCAUACCUAUCACGUUACAGUAGCUUCCAGCUCGUCCGAGGGACCAUCUUCGGCUUCCCAGCCAGCUUCUCUUGAGGAACUUCGUCGUCUGGCCCUUCAUGGGCUCGGACAUGCAGGAGUAGUGCGUGCUGGUGAAGGAUCUUACAUCAGCUUGCCAAUGGAAGGACGCUUCACACUGAUGCGCCCACCCCCUCCGCCGCCUCCGCCGGAGCCCGAACCCUUUUACGCACCUCCCGAGGCUCAUCAUCAUCAUCAUCACCAAGAAGAGCCCUAUCAUGCCCCACCACCACCUCAAGAGCACCACCACGAACAUCAUCACGAACACCAUCAAGAACAUCAUCAAGAACACCAUCACGAACAUCACCACGAACAUCACGAGCACCAUGGGCACCAUGAUAACCAAGGGCAUCAAGAACACCAUGGGCAUCACGAGCAUCACGAGCAUCACGAGCAUCACGAGCACCAUGAGCAUCAUGGACAUCAUGAACACCACGAACAUCAUGAGCAUCAUGGACACCACGAACACCACGAACAUCAUGAGCAGCACCAACAUCACGAACAUCACCAUCACCACCACGAGCCCCCUCAUCGCCCCCCCUCGCCACCUAUGAUUGUAUGGAACCCUGCAUAUGAGCCACCCCCUACCACAGCACCUUCUCACCCUGAACAUUUCCCGGCUAAUACCUGGUACGAAAACCAAUGGGAUAUACCUGCCACCAAGAAUUAUCAUCAUGGUGACGAACACGUCCAGGCCCCAGAGCAAUUCUUCCAGCCUCCCGAGCCUGAACAGUACAUCCCGCCGGUACUCAUUGAUCAAGGAGAUUAUUCCGAUCUUACGACCAAUGGGUAUCAGCCUGAUGAGACCCGUAUCAAAAGCGUAUUUCCAUGGGAGGAGGUUGAACGCCCUCCACCGACACGAGUCUUCCCAGACAGUAAACCACCACGCGUUACUCCGAAAGUCAAGGAAGAGCCCGUGGCCCCUGUCCCACUUCUGCCCGAGAGGCCCCCGUCGCCUCCGCGCGUAUUGGGUUCGGCGUACUAUAACGCAUGGGACGAUAUACCCAGUAUUCAGCGUUAUGCUGCUCGCCUCACCGGCGCAAAAUUGUCCCCUCCCGCCGCGCCCGUGGCACCCGUUGAUGCAGCUCCUGUAUCUUCAGCUCCUCAGAAAGAAUGGUCUUGGGAACGCGAUCGUGGAGAUAGUGGAGAUGCGUCGAGCAGAGAUGGCGAUGAUGAAGAUGAUGAGUCUGAAUCUGAAUCUGAGAAGGAAGGUACCCCCAAGGCUUCGACGACACCCACUGUCAGUAACGGGAAGUCUAUAACUAAACCCAAGUCGCCUCCUUCCGGGUCUAUUUCUAGCUCGGAAUCGGAGCCGAUUGAACGGUCGACACUGGAUCAUCUACAACAGCUCCGCCUGAACAAGCCAACCGCCUCAACCAGUACAGCCAGUGCAACCGGUACAACCGGGUUUGAGCUAUAUUUGUCCGAGAAGCGAAAAGAUCAAGGUGCGCAGGAAGGUCCUAAGGACAUUCGUGAACGACUUGCUAUGCCCUUUGGGAGAUUCACUGCUCCUAUUUAUGCGUCCGGGAACGAGGCCCAGUUGCCAGUGCUUCUUCAGAUUCCCGUAUCUGAUAAGCUUCAAAUCAUCGGAGAUGUUGGAAACGUGCUGCCUUUCCUGGCUGAGCCAUCGUUUGAAUCCUCGCACCCGCGCCGUACCUCCUCGACUGCCGUACCUUUCUCAGUUGUCGCCACUCUAGGCACUACGCUGGAGGUUCUAUCCCAUACACGAAAUGACUCGGACUCAUCCGACGGCGAAUUCACUGAUGACUCGUCAUCUACAGCAUCUGCCGGGCCUUCUUCGCCCUAUGAAUACGAUCCUAAUGGCGUGCCCACUCCCUUGCGAGCCUGGGAUGAAGCCCGAAGUGUCGAUGCGUUCAAGCGAGACUCUCAUGAAGCCUUGGCAAGAUUCCUGAGGAAAGGUUCUUGGGGAGGAGGAUCCUCUUGA